AUGCCUUUGACCAAUAUUUUGGAGGUAGAGAUAUUCAACAUGUGGGGCAUUGAUUUUAUGAGGCCUUUUCAACCAUCUUAUGGGAACAAGUAUAUUCUCCUAGCGGUGAAUUAUGUGUCAAAGUGGGUGGAGGCAAUUCCUCUCCUUUCUAACGAUGUAAAUUUGGUGGCUAACUUUAUGAGGAAGAAUAUAUUCGCAAGGUUUGGAACUUCGAGAGCGAUGAUUAGUGGCGGUAGAGCUCACUUUUGUAAUAAUCUAAUGAAGAACCUCUUGGCUAAAUAUGGGGUGAAGCACAAGUUUUAUACUGCUUACCACCCGCAAACAUGUGGACAAGUAAGAGUGUCCAAUAGAGAGAUGAUGCAAAUCUUGGAGAAAACAGUGAAUAUGCAGGGAAAAGAUUGGGCAGUGAAAUUAGAUGAUGCUUUGUGGGCUUAUCGGACAGCGUACAAAACACCUACUAGGACUUCUCCUUACAGGUUAGUUUAUGAGAAGGCAAGUCACUUGCCUGUGGAGUUGGAGCAUAAGGCAUAUUGGGCAAUCAAAAAGCUCAGUUUAGAUAUGAACUUGGCAAGUGAGAGGCGGUUGUUGCAGUUGCAUGACAACGCCAAGUUAUACAAAGAGAAGACGAAGAGAUGGCAUGAUAGGCAUAUUCAAUAUCACGAGUUCGCGCGAGGGAUGCAGGUAAUCUUGUUCACUUCUGGCUACAGUUAUUUCCUAGUAAGCUAA